AUGGGUGUUGCUCAAGGGGCAGCAACAACUCUGGACCAUGGCAACAAAAGUGUAUUUCUAAAUGAUAAGAAUUCGACAACAACAACAGCAAACAACAACAACGAGAUGAUGGCGUCCAGAGCUACAACGGUCGCCCGCCAGACGACCCUCCCGACCGUGCCUCAACGCCACGCGAGUUUCCAGCGCCAGCUUUCCCAGCGCCUCCACCUCGACAGCAUCCAGUUCUCGGUCUGCAACCUUGAGAAGAAGGAUGACCUCGGUUUGCUGAAGCCUGAACUGUACAGGAACGAGCUCAUCCGCCAGGCGUCCGUCGAGAGUUCCGGCGCAGGAUCGGACACGGAGGCCGUAGGGCGUCUCCGCUUCACGCUCAAGUACGACCCCGCUAUCGAGGGUCUCAUUGUCAAGGUGGUCCAGGCCCUCGACCUCCCGGUGAAGGACGUGACAGGCUCCUCCGACCCGUACAUCAAGGUCUACCUCCUUCCCGACCGCAAAAAGAAGUUCUGCACGAAGGUUCAUCGCCGCAACUUGAACCCCGAGUUUAAUGAGGUGUUCGUCUUCAGCGUGACGUGGGCGGAGCUACGCGACCGGACGCUCCAGUUCAGCGUGUACGACUUCGACCGCUUCAGCCGUAACGACCUCAUCGGGCAGGUCGUCUUGAAGAGCGUGACGGAGCACUGCGAUCCAGAGGCAAGAGAAUGGAGUAUUUGAUGGAUUAUUCUCAAACACA